CUAAGAGUGAGUUGCACCAACUUACUUUAACGAUAACAAAACUCGAACCAACGGUCAAAUCUCUGGUUAAGUCAAUAAUGGAUUGCACCAUUUUAACAAUGGUUAAAAUGACGUCAUAUUUAACGAUAACCGUAACCAGUCAAUUUUGGCCGGUUAUCGUUAUUGCUAAGUUAACAAAUGUCAAAAUCUUGUCAAAAUAAUAACCUAGUCCGUUGUUUUCUGUUGUUUUAUCAUAUUUAAGUAUAAAAAAAUUAAAAAUGUCUUUAGUACGUGAUAUUUUAUGGGAAUCUAGUUCUUCUGACGACGAAAAUUAUAAUGAUUUACCUAAUUCUCGAAAGAAAAAAGUGUAUCAACCACGUGUUAAUCGAUUCCUAAAAUGGAAUGAGCAGGAGUUCUUGGAUAGAUUUCGGAUUUCCAAAGGUUUAGCACGAGCCCUGGCUUCUCAUUUAGCACCAUUGCUCCAAACCAGAACCAUGAAAAACUUUGCAGUUACUCCAGAGCAGCAAAUAAUAAUGGCAUUGGAAUUUUACGCAUGUGGUUCUUUUCAACGCUGCAUUGGGGAUGCUGCAGGUGUUCACAAAUCUACUGUUUGUCGAAUAAUUCAUCGAGUGAGCAGAGCUAUAGCCGGACUAAGAACAGACUGGAUUGCAAUGCCUAAAAAUAUUGAGGAAAUGGAAACUGAGGCCAAAAAAUUUUAUGAAAUAUGUGCAUUUCCUAAAGUAAUAGGAACUAUAGACUGCACACAUAUACCAAUCAAAUCGCCAGGUGGUGCAGAUGCAGAAACAUAUAGAAAUAGAAAACAGGUAUUUUCUCUUAAUGUGCAAGUAAUCACAAAUGCUGAGAUGUACAUUACAAAUAUAGUUGCUAGAUGGCCUGGAAGCUGUCACGACAGCCAUAUUUUCAACAGCAGUGUCAUUAAGGGACGCCUAGAAGAUGGAGAAUUUGAUGGUUUUUGGUUACUAGGAGACAAAGGUUAUGCCAAUAAACCAUAUUUGCUAACACCUCUACGUAAUCCUGUUACAGAAGCUGAAAAACUGUACAAUGAAAGUCAUAUUCGUACUAGAAAUAUUGUAGAACGCAGUUUUGGUUGUUGGAAAAAAAGGUUUCCUGCAGUGUCAUGGAAACUCAGAACAAAUACAGCAAGAGCCCAAUGUGCUAUAGUGGCAAUGGCUGUCCUAUAUAAUAUUUGCAAGAAAUUGAGAGACCCGAUGCCAACAUGUUACGACUCUGAUAAUGAAUCAUCAGAUUCUGAUGACAAUGACCUGACCUCUGCAUAUGUUAGCCAGCAUGACGAGCAUAAUAGGAAUAUGCUAAUAAAUACUUAUUUUGAUAGAUUACAUUAAGAUAGACUAUGUUUUAAAUGAAUAAAUAAAAAAACUUCAAAAAUAAAAA